UGGAGAGGAACCAGACUUUGGUCAUAGAAUUUCUCCUUCUGGGCUUCGGUGACCUCCACAACCUUAGGAUUCCACUCUUCAUCGUCUUUCUGAUCAUUCACAUUAUGGCAUUGACCAGCAAUAUCCUUGUCAUCAUGUUAGUUGUAGCCAACCAGAGUCUCCACUCUCCUAUGUACUUCUUUCUCAGCCAGUUGUCCUUGUCGGAAAUCCUGUUCACAAGUAAUAUUGUGCCGAGCAUGUUGUGGCUUAUAUUGAUUGGCAGUGGAAGGCUAUCGGUUGACAGAUGUAUUUCUCAGUUUUUGCUGCUUGCGAUUCCAUCGGUUACCCAGUGUUUACUGCUGGCUGGCAUGUCCUUUGAUAGGUAUGUGGCCAUAUGUAAACCAUUACAUUAUGCCAUCAUUGUAACUUUUGGAAAGCAGCUUCAGAUAGUCCUCUCCUGCUGGAUGGUGGGCUUCACACUUUCUUUAGUGGUUUAUAUUUACUUAAAGCAGUUACAAUUUUGUGGCCUUAACAUCAUUAACCACUUUUUUUGUGACAUUGCCCCACUCAUAAGACUUUCAUGCUCCGAUACGUAUCUUGUAGAAACUGUCACAGCUGCGGUUUCCUUUCCCGUUCUUUUGUCUCCGUUUAUGUUCAUCAUUGUCACCUACAUCUCCAUUCUUAAAGCCAUCCUCAAGAUCCCAUCCAACACUGGUAGGAAAAAGACCUUCUCCACAUGCAGCUCCCACCUUAUUAUUGUAUGCAUGUACUAUGGCACUCUGUCGUCAAUCUAUAUCUUUCCACCUAAAGAGAACUCUGUUGAUGCCAACAAGAGUCUUUCAUUACUUUACACCUUGGUGACUCCUUUGUUCAAUCCAUUAGUCUACAGCCUACGAAAUCAGGAUAUAAGAGCUGCCAUCCAGAAAUCUCUCAAGCUAAUGGCCUUAAGCAAACUAACCUGCUGCUCUUACUGAUCCUAGCAGUACAAAGGUACCUUAGAUAUCAUGACCCCUAUACUCUUAUACCCCUGGAUGACGUCCUGUUGGACGAAACAUGUUGGGUUGCGAUACAGCAGUAAUGGAAUCACACCUGCUAGGGUACUGACUGUGCUGAUUUAUUUACAUGCCUGAUUUUAUCUGCCUUGUGUGAGUAGCAUUCUUUUUUAAUAAAUUAGUGAAGUUUUACACAACUACACUAUGAGUUCAUUCUUUAUCUCUUGUUCCCCUGAGCUUCUUCUGCAGAGUGUUCUGGGAGCCCUUAUUCUGUGUCCUGGAGUGUGCCAUUCAACCAUCCCAGCAGGUAUUUCUCCUAAAAAGUGCAGCCAGGCCUCCAUAUCUGAGGUCUUACCUGAUGGUAAGCAGUUUGUGAGUUGGGUGUGCACCCGGGUGUGGAGCUGCGUACGGUUACAUAAGAAGAAUGGGGCGAUAUGCACAUCUAUUUCAAGAAUAUUCUUGCACUGAUCACCUUUUAUUUGGACUGAUUUUGCAAC